UUCGCUUGCGCGGGUUCGUGUAUGAGCGCGACCCUGCCGCUCCCAAUUACUCGUCCGCAUCUGUAGCCGUGCCAACCCGCGGUGAGGGCCGUUAUUGUCCGUUAUUCUUGAGCUGGCAUGGCGGAGCGCGGGAGGUGCGUGAGGCGCGCUGGCGGUGCAGCGGUGCAGCGGUGCGGCGGUGCGGCGGUAUGAUUAGCGGCGUGAAGAGAGAGGCGCAGAACGGCGUCAUCGCGGAUCUGGCAGAGUCAGACGCGCGACGCGACGCGUCUUCGGGCACCGUCACGUGCCGCAGGCAAGAGCUUCGUGGCGUGAGACAGAUCUGGGAUCUGUUCUACGGUGCACUGCGGCCUGCGGCUUUGUAUGUGAUCUCAUUGCGAUGAGGUGAGUCCUGGAGUUGGAUGUAGAAGCUCGGCCGGUGUG